AGAAACUUCUAGAAAAGCUGGGCCCCAAAAGAGGAUAAUAUGGCGCUUAGAUCUUAAACAUCUUAAAUACAGCAAAGAAAAACAACCCUCGAACAUUUAAAAGCUGAUUCAUGAGUAUAGCGACAUUUAAAGUGUAUAUAAAUUAGCUUAUUUAAUUUAUUAAAUCGUAAAUGCAUCGGAACUCUUUUAUGUACCCGUGACUGUGGUUGCGCAAUGCUCUCUCAGGGGCCGCCCUUAUUAGCUCGGUGGAGCUCUCGCAACUCUCGCUGUUGCGUCCAGUCCCGUUCAUCGGUCGAGCACGCGAAAGACAGGCGAGGUGCGCUGAACUUCGGAGCGGUCGCCCCCCUCAUCCAAGAGAGCCCCAAUCAGAGUGCGCAAGUAUGCAUCGUCUUCCAAGUGCCCUGCGCAGUACAGCUGGCCGUAGCGUAAGCCACGCUUUACGGCGCCACUAUGCCAAGGACAUCAGGUUUGGGGCAGACGUCAGGGCCCUCAUGCUGCAAGGGGUGGAUGUGCUGGCCGACGCAGUGGCCGUCACCAUGGGACCAAAGGGCCGCAACGUGAUCCUAGAGCAGUCGUGGGGCUCUCCCAAGAUCACCAAGGACGGCGUGACAGUGGCCAAGGGCAUAGAGCUCAAGGACAAGUUCCAAAAUAUUGGGGCCAAGUUGGUGCAGGACGUGGCCAACAACACCAACGAGGAGGCCGGCGACGGAACCACAACCGCCACCGUCCUGGCCAGGGCCAUCGCCCGGGAGGGAUUUGAGAAGAUCUCCAAGGGUGCCAACCCUAUCGAGAUCCGCAAGGGGGUCAUGAUGGCUGUGGAGACUGUGGUGGAGCACCUCAAGAAGAUCUCCAAGCCGGUCACCACACCGGAGGAGAUUGCCCAAGUGGCCACUAUUUCGGCCAACGGGGACACCAGCAUUGGGGGCCUCAUCUCGGACGCCAUGAAGCGGGUGGGCCGGGACGGGGUUAUCACGGUCAAGGACGGCAAGACCCUCAGCGACGAGCUGGAGGUUAUCGAGGGCAUGAAGUUCGACCGGGGCUACAUCUCUCCCUACUUCAUCAAUACCAGCAAAGGGGCGAAGGUGGAGUUCCAGGAUGCUCUGCUGCUUUUCAGCGAGAAGAAGAUCUCCAACGUGCAGACACUAAUUCCGGCCCUGGAGUUGGCCAACACCCAGCGCAGGCCGCUGGUGAUCAUCGCCGAGGACGUUGACGGGGAGGCCCUCAGCACGCUGGUGCUGAACCGGCUGAAGGUGGGGCUGCAGGUGGCAGCAGUCAAGGCGCCCGGCUUUGGGGACAACCGCAAGGCGACGCUGCAGGACAUGGCCAUUGCUUCCGGGGGCCUGGUCUUCGGGGACGAGGCAAACUUGGUGAAGCUGGAGGACGUCCAAAUCGGGGACCUGGGCCAGGUGGGCGAGGUGGUCAUCACCAAGGAUGACACCCUGCUGCUCAAGGGCAAGGGGAACAAGGAGGACAUUGAUCGGAGGGUGGCCCAGAUCCGAGACGAGAUUGACCUAAGCAACUCGGAGUAUGAGAAGGAGAAGCUUGGAGAGCGGCUGGCACGCCUGGCCAGCGGUGUGGCCCUGCUCAAGGUGGGCGGCUCGAGCGAGGUGGAGGUCAACGAGAAGAAGGAUCGGGUCAACGACGCCCUCAACGCCACGCGGGCGGCCGUCGAGGAGGGCAUUGUGCCCGGGGGUGGCACUGCUCUGCUGCGCUGCAUCCCGGCUCUGGACGCCGUGUCUGGGGACAACGAGGACCAGAAGACCGGUGUGGCCAUCGUCAAGAAGGCCCUCAAGAUGCCCUGCAUGCAGAUUGCCAUGAAUGCUGGCGUGGAUGCCGCUGUGGUGGUGCAGAAGGUGGUCGAAGGCAGCGACGACUUCGGCUACGACGCACUGCGCAACACCUACGUCAACAUGAUUUCGGCUGGCAUCAUCGACCCUACCAAGGUGGUGAAGACUGCGCUCCUAGAUGCGUCCGGAGUGGCUUCCCUGCUGACGACUGCCGAGGCCGUGGUGGUGGAGCUUCCCAAGGAGGAGAAGGAUGCCAUGGGCGGCAUGGGGGGGAUGGGGGGGAUGGGGGGUAUGGGCGGCAUGGGGGGCAUGGGCAUGUGAACACGCUCGGUGGGGGACCAUCUUGUAGAAGACUGGAGGGCAUCCCUGCACGGUCGGGACUGUGCGGGCUCCACCUCCCUGUGCAUAGCCUCAGUCCGGCCCGGACCGUUACGCGUCUGGUGGCAGUGGUGCGGUGCGGGGCUGUUCAUUUAUCAUAUGUCCUAUAGAUUGAAUAAAAAUUAUCAUGUUCCUAA